ACUUCUUCUGGGGCCUCUGGCCUUCUGCCCUAGGAAUGGCUCCGGCGCCGUCGUGAACUACUCACAAUCGCCGGCUUCCUCGUUUCCCUUCCUCCAACUUUUAGAGGCACAUUAGGUCUCUCUCUCUCUCCUGAGGCUGGGGUAUUCUGAUCUGCUUGAGACUAUCCAAGGGUUUUGUAUUACUUAAUUUAAAAGCUUAAAUACCAUCUUCAUAUGGAUUCUGUCUUCACCUUUGUGCGGCUUUCUCUCUUCCUCUCCCUUUCCUUCUUGCUCUCUUCUUCGAUGGUGAUGAUUGGUUGACGUCCUUUGUGUAAUCAGAGUUGGUGAUUUAGCAGAGUAGAAAGGGAAGCCUCUUUCAAGACGGUGAAUGGCUAUGGAGGUGGAUGCGUUCGGAGAUGGUUACGAACCCCCACCAGAAUUUAAGCAGACGAACGAGGAUCCUCUUUUCGGGAUCUCUGUGACUGAUUCUACUGAGCUUUGGCUCAUCCAGUUGCCUCCCAACCAAUUUAAACCAGCUGAUUUUGAUGGGAAGGAGGUGAAGCUUAAGCUGCGCCAAGACGGGCGACUGGGGAGCAUGAAGAAUGCAGCCGGCAAGUCGUUUGACAUCGUCAGUAAUGGACUUCAUCAAUCAAGUGCGACAGUUUUCCUCGCUGGCUCAUCAUCAACAAGAGCUGUUGGGAAGAUUUCACGCCGAGUUAGUUUAGUUAGUUUUGAAGCUGAUGCCAAAUCUCAUGGCAAAACACGUGCUGGAGGUUCGAGCUUACUGAACUGGAGUUCUGGUGGCUCCUCGAACAGACUUGGUUCUCAUGGGAACACAUCUCUUACAAGCAGCAGACAAAGAAGCUCACAGGGGAUAAGUGGAACGUCAUUUGAAGGUGGGGAGGCAUCACAACUUCCAAAGCAAAGGCGUGUUGAUCGUUCACCCUCAUCCGAGCACUCAAAGCUCACCAUGAAAGGAAGUCGGAGCCCUGGUUCUUUGACUGCAUCUCAGAGGUCACAGGGAAUGAGUGAGACAUCAUUUGAAGGUGGGGAACCAUCAAAGUCCUCGAAACAAAGACAUGUUGGGUGGUCGCCCUCUUCUCAAGACUCAAAGCGCAGUAGGGAUGCAGGCAAAAGUGGGACCUCCGAUAUCAAAUCAGAGUCUGAAUCUAUCUCUAGGCGGACCAGAAGGAAGAUGAAAUUGGAAGAGUAGGCCUCUGAACUUUGACUGUAUAUUUUGAUGCAGUCAAUUCUCAUAUAGUGGGGAGUUUCUUUUUAACCAACUGUGGCAUGUUUUGUAGAACUUAAAUUAGCCGAAGAGGAAAAAAGAAAGAUAAUCGAUCAGUUUUGGAUUGCAAAA